AUGUCAGUAUUGAAUUGUCAGUUGUUUGGUUUCGGUGCUAUUACUUUCUGUCAGUGACUUUUCGUUCGUUGGUUGUUCGUGUCGUCUUCUUGGGUGUGGAAAUGUCUAUCGAGGCCUAAGCUGUGAGGCAUUGUGUGAACGAUGAAAAGUAGCCCCACGCGCAAAUAUGAAAAUUUCUCCAACGACCAGCCUGGGAAGGAAACGGACAAGUAUUCUUUAGACAGCCAAGACACCGCCAGUGUGCAUUCCACGGAGGAGGGGGGCGGGGGGCGGCGUGGGUUGAUCGACGUGAGCGCAGGCGCAGGCGACAUGUGGAUCAGCGCCGUCGAGAGCUCCAUACUGGCCUGGGAGGAGGUGGCUGAACGUCUGAAAGUGGACGUUCGCCGCGGCCUCUCAUGGCGGGAAGCAAACGAUCGUAUGAACUUUGUUGGCCCCAACGAGUUCCAAGUGAAGGAGCAGGAACCAUUAUGGAAGAAGUACAUAGAACAGUUCCAGAAUCCGCUCAUCCUGCUGCUGCUUGGCUCAGCAGUGGUGAGCGUCUGCAUGCGGCAGUUCGACGAUGCCAUAUCCAUCACCGUGGCCAUCAUGAUAGUAGUGACAGUUGCCUUCGUCCAGGAGUAUCGCUCCGAGAAGUCAUUGGAGGAGCUGAACAAACUGGUGCCGCCAUCUUGCAACUGUCUCCGAGAAGGCAGCCUCGAGCACUUCUUAGCGCGAAACCUGGUGCCCGGUGAUAUAGUCCACCUCAAUAUCGGUGACCGCGUGCCGGCCGAUCUCAGGCUCUUCGACUCCACAGACCUGGCCAUUGAUGAGUCCUCGUUCACUGGAGAGACGGAACCGGCUGUCAAAAGCGUGCUGCCUAAUAAAGCCGCUGCUGGGAGGGUGAACAAGGAUAAUAUUGCGUUCAUGGGCACCCUUGUGAGAUGUGGAAAUGCUAAGGGUAUUGUAGUAAGCACAGGCGAGCGAUCAGAAUUCGGAGACAUAUUCCGAAUGAUGCAAGCUGAGGAGGCUCCCAAGACUCCGCUACAGAAGUCCAUGGAUACCCUGGGCGCUCAGCUGUCCAUGUAUUCGUUCUGCAUCAUCGGCUUCAUCAUGGUGACUGGUUGGCUCCAAGGGAAGGCUCUGCAGGAGAUGUUUACCAUCAGCGUUAGUUUGGCUGUCGCUGCUAUCCCUGAGGGUCUACCAAUCGUGGUGACGGUGACCUUGGCUCUGGGCGUGAUGCGCAUGGCCAAGAGGAAUGCCAUCGUGAAGAAACUGCCCACUGUCGAGACCCUUGGUUGUGUAAAUGUUAUCUGCAGUGAUAAGACCGGAACCCUUACUAAGAAUGAGAUGACAGUUACAACGAUUUCGACGUCCGGCGGCCAUAUUGCCGAAGUGACCGGCACUGGGUACAAUGCGUGCGGCGACAUACAAUUGAGGGCGUACAAGGGACGGGAUUUGGACGUGGGCGUACUGUGUAAUAAUGCGACGAUCCGGGACGAUACUUUGUACGGUCAGCCUACAGAGGGCGCGCUACUAGCUGUUGCGCUUAAGAACGGUAUGCGUGAUGUCCGGGAUGACUAUACGAGACUCCACGAGAUCCCCUUCAGUUCUGAAACAAAGAUGAUGGUCGUAAAAUGCGCUCCCAAGUUCGGAGACGCUAAAUUAAAGGAAGAAUUCUUCGUAAAGGGAGCCAUUGAGAAGGUGUUGCCACUCUGCACUCAGUACAUUGAUAGCAGUGGCAACUACGCGCCAAUGACUAAGGAGAAACAAAACGAUUUCCUCGGGGAAGCAUACAAUAUUGCAAGGAUGGCUCAAAUGGUAAGCGUAUUCUACAGGGUGACACCAAAACAUAAGUUGGCUGUAGUGAAGUCACUGCAGCGAGUGGGCAAUAUCGUGGGCAUGACAGGUGAUGGUGUAAACGACGGUGUGGCUCUCAAGCGCGCUGAUAUUGGUAUCGCGAUGGGUCGCAAUGGUACCGACGUCUGCAAGGAAGCUGCCGAUAUGAUUCUUGUUGAUGACGACUUUGGAACUAUUAUCUCGGCCAUAGAAGAAGGAAAAUGUAUCUUCUACAACAUCCGCAACUUCGUCCGUUUCCAACUGUCCACGUCUAUCGCGGCUCUAUCACUCAUCGCGCUCGCUACUCUCAUGGGUAUACCAAACCCGUUGAAUGCCAUGCAGAUUCUAUGGAUCAAUAUUAUUAUGGACGGCCCUCCCGCGCAGUCGCUGGGCGUGGAGCCGGUGGACCACUCGGUGCUGCGGCGGCGGCCGCGGGACACGUCGCGCCGCAUCAUCUCGCGCGCGCUGCUGCUCAACGUACUGCUCGCCGCCGCCAUCAUCAUCGCGGGCACGCUCUGGGUCUUCAACAGAGAGAUGUCAGACUCCCGCAUAACUCCCCGCGAUACUACAAUGACAUUCACCUGUUUCGUACUAUUCGACAUGUUCAACGCACUCUCGUGUCGAUCGCAAACCAAGUCUGUGUUCGAAGUGGGACUGUUCUCUAACAAGAUGUUCUUGGUGGCAGUCUCACUGAGUCUCGUGGGACAAAUGUUGGUGAUAUACUUCCCACCGUUGCAGAAGGUUUUCCUAACUGAAGCGCUCACUGGACAUGAUUUAAUAUUCCUGGUAAGUCUAACGUCAAGCGUGUUCAUAGUGAGCGAAAUUAAGAAGUUGAUUGAGCGAAGCCUGAAGAAGCGCGCGGCAGAUCGUUUAAAUAGUGUUAAGAUAUUCUGCAAUGUUAGAGUCGUUUAG